AUGGGCGAGUUCCAUGUUCAUCGCGUCCGAUUCUUCGGCCUGGUGCCGUCCGCCAUCCGCAGUCUGUCCUACAACCCCGCCAUCCAGCGCCUCGCCCUCGCCCGCGUUGACGGCUCGCUGGAGAUCUUCAACUUCGCCAGUAACUUCAUCCAGGAGAAGGUGAUUCCUGGAGAUAACAAGAGGUUAAUUGAAGCAAUCAGUUGGGUUGGCCAGGAUCGACUUCUGAGUGUGGGAUUGAGUGGAGAAAUCAUUGAGUUUGAUCUGCAGAGGCUCCGCCCCAAGUACACAUUGGAUGCUUUUGGAGGUCCCCUUUGGUGUAUGAGCUGUAACUGCGAGGAAAGUUACCUAGCGGUUGGGUGUGAUGAUGGCACUGUCAAACUGUUUGAGAUUAUUCCUGGAAAGCUUCAGUUUGAGAGAAAUCUGGAUCAUCAAAAAGGUCGCAUAAUUUCCCUCGCCUGGCACAAAUCAGGCAAAAUGAUUGUGACGGGGUCACUCAGUGCUAUUCGGGUUUUUGAUGUGAAGUCUGGUCACUGCACACACCAUAUUCGUGUGGAUCAAGGUGAUAAAUUUUAUCACAGUAGGAGAUGUGUGGUAUGGAGCAUCAGUUUUCUUAGUGAUUACACUAUUGUGAGUGCAGACUCAUUAGGGAAGUUACAGUUUUGGGAUUGGAAGACAGGAACUCUGCUGAAAACACACCCCGUCACCAAGUGUGAUGUGCUGUCGUUGACAGUUAAUGAGGCCGAGGACAGCAUUGCUGUUGGGACGGCUGAGGGGACUGUUGUCCAAUUCCAGCGGCUUGAAGUAAGAUCAGACGUUGCUGGCUCUCAGUGGGUUCGUACGAAGACCUUUAAGCAUCACACACAUGAUGUGAGGGCUGUUGUUCAUGCCAUGUCUGCUCUUGUCUCAGGCGGUGUCGAUUCCCAACUCAUCAUUCGCCCUCUGAUGGAUCAAGUGGAAACCAAGUCAUAUGAAACUGCUCUUCGCAAGGUCCUCUUUCCACAUCGAAACUUGGUGUGCUGCAGUCGGACAGAAAAUCUGCUCCUGUUUCAGUUCCCAGAGCAGCUUGAGUUAUGGCGAUUGGGCAGCUCGCAUGUUAGAGGGGUUCCUGGGGAUGUCCUGCCAAUCAGCAAGAAGCCAGAGAAACUGUUGGAGUUAAAAUCCAAGAGUUGCAAUCAAAUACGGUGCUGUGCAAUGUCUCCUUGUGGAACCUGGAUUGCAUUCUCAACAAUCAAUAGACUCCGCCUGUAUCAGAUACAGUAUAGGAAUGUCUCCAUCACUGUUAAUAUGAUUCGUCACAGAGUGAAGACGUUGCUACCGGCUCAUCGGUUGCUGUUUUCUGCGGAUUCCACCAGGCUGUUUAUUGGCUCAGACCAUGGCCAAGUUCAGGUUGUGGAUCUGGCAGUGUUCGGUUCCAAGAGCAUACAUUCCCUUGCACCAAAAUCUGAUUCCCAUGAGCACAUCUGUCUUUUGGCAGUGAGUGCAGAUGGGAGCUGGCUGGCGGCUGCAAGUUGCAACUGUGAAAUCAACAUCUAUAACCUUACAGAGUUAAAGCAUCACUGUACUGUUCCGGUCUAUAACCACCUUCCCACAGCUAUGGCCAUCAAUCCACACACCAACAACCUGAUCACCGUACACGCAGAUCAGCAGAUUUUUGAAUUCAGCAUCUAUGAGAAAAAGUACACGGAGUGGAGCCGUAAAGUGCAGCAACAUGGGCUGCCCACCCUCUGGCUGGAAAGGGACACGCCCAUCAUACAUGUCACCUUCAACCCUAGAGUGGCCACACAGAUCAUUGUUCAUGAUACAUACAUGUUCUGUAUCAUUGACCAGUCGCUGCCCCUGCCCUCUGAGGAAUCGGAUAUUAAUAACCUGGCCACUCCAAAACCCUUGCCUGUAAGCACUCGUAAGAGCCGGGAGCACGCCUUCAAAGUCUGUAAGAAAUUCAAGCCUCUGCUCCAUCUGGAGCUGUUGAUGGAUGACUCUCUUGUUGUGGUGGAGCGUCCCGUGAUGGAGAUCGUCUCACAGCUGCCCAAGCCAGUCCGAAAGAAGAAAUUCGCCACGUAGUUGGCUCCUGGGUCUGAUUUUUCCAUCAGUUCCCACUAUAUUUCUGCUUUCCUCGGUAUCUUUCCAACUUGUUGACUGGACUGUUCUCUAAAAGUUGCAUUGGAUUUCCAAGCUUGUAAUGUUUUAUAUAAAUAAAUAUUGUCAAUUUCUGACUGAC